GGGCAGCUUCUUCUGAUGAUUCUUGAAACUAAAUAAUUUUAAUUUCGGCAAGGCCUCACAAUGUCUGAGCUUUUUAUGGAGUGUGAGGAAGAGGAGUUGGAGCCGUGGCAAAGGAGAAUCCCUGAAAUCAAUUUGAUUGAUGAUGACGAUGAUGACGACGAUGAACCAAUAUUUGUUGGAGAAAUUCGCAGCUCCAAACCUGCUCCUAACUCCAGACCAAUUCCUGCAAACCAGCGGAACCAGCAGAAUGUGAGGCCACCUGUGCAAAUUCAAAGGGCUGUUGCAUCUACAAUGACAUCCCCUCAGAAGCCAGUCCAAAUCACCCCAAGCCACCCGCAGCCAAACCUGACCAAAUUCUCCACAGUUCCCCAGCUCACUCUCAGAGGGGCAUCCCAACCUGUCACCAAUUCAGUUCUCAUUCCAGUUUCCUCUCAGUCUGGAUCCCAGCAAACCGGAUCCCGCACACUAACCCCAAUGUCUCCGCAGCCUAUCAUCAUCAACAACCAGGGUUACAUAGUGGCUUCGCCACAGGUGUCCAACAACUCCGCAUUCAUCAACUCCCUCGGCUCACAGUACCCACCAGGGACAUCUAUAACUGUGCUGCCAGCUGGUCAACAGGUGCUUCAACAGGUCACGCCACCCAAGCCGGUACCUGGAGUCAUUCACAGACCUCAAGUCCAGCUCAUCCAAAAUAACGUGGUGACUCUAUCGAAUGUACAGGGACCUCCAGACAUGCCUGCUCCAGUUCUUUCCAGUCCUAUUCGCAAGUCCAUUCAAAUAGUCCCCCCUCAAAUCACCCAAACCAAAUCAAACAUCACUCCAGUCUCCAUGCCCAAACCGAUAUCCUCUUCACAACCAGCUAUUGGCAACAGAGAUAAUGGGGCAGUGAAACGCACUCCACCUGAUUCUCAAAACAACGCUCCCAAAAGAGUCAAGAUCAGUAUGGAGAACGGAACACCAUUUAGGAAAAGAUGUCCAAAAUGUCAAGUCCAGUUCCUCCUCCAGGAUCCGUUAAAAAGUCACAUGAGGCUGUGCUGCCCUCACUUGAUAGAGAGUGUCUUCCCAUCAACAUCAAAGUCAGACAGACCAGCAGCACCAUCCAGAAUGUACGAUCAUGAGACAGGAAAACUCAUCAUGCUGGUGUCGGACUUCUACUAUGGGAAAUUUGAGGGGAAUAAACCAUCGAGCCAGGAGCAGAAGACCAGCACCACCUUCAAAUGCAACAGCUGUUUAAAAAUCCUCAAGAACAACAUCAGGUUUAUGAAUCAUAUGAAGCAUCAUCUAGAGUUGGAGAAGCAGAACAGUGAGAGCUGGGAGAGCCACACGACCUGCCAGCACUGCUAUCGGCAGUACUCCACACCCUUCCAGCUGCAGUGCCACAUAGAGAGCGCCCACAGCCCCUACGAAUCCACCACUAAUUGUAAGAUCUGCGAGUUGGCCUUUGAAUCUGAACAAGUGCUUCUGGAACACAUGAGAGACAACCACAAACCUGGAGAGAUGCCCUACGUAUGCCAGGUCUGCAAUUAUAGGUCGUCUUUCUUUACCGACGUGGAGACGCAUUUCCGCAGCGUACACGAAAACACUAAAGACCUGCUCUGUCCGUUCUGUCUGAAGGUCCUGCGCAGCGGACACAUGUACAUGCAGCACUACAUGCGACAUCAGAAAAAAGGCAUUCAUCGGUGUGGGAAAUGCAGAUUGAACUUUCUUACCUACAAGGAGAAGGUGGAGCACAAAACUGCCUUUCACCGUACUUUUAAAAAACCCAAAUGUCUUGAGGGGCUUCCGCCUGGAACCAAGGUGACGAUUCGAGCAUCGCUCACAGGUGGUUCACCAGUGUCUUCCAGUUUACCCAUUACAACAGUCGUUGCACCCUCUUGUCCCAGCACUAAACCAGCGGCAAAAGCUCCCACAACUCCAGUCAAACCCAAAUCAAGCGGCUCACAAAGUCCCACAGGAGGGAAGAGCAGAAACUCAACACAAACCAAACGUGGCUCACAGACCCACAACUACGCUCUCAAAAUGCUCAAAUUCGCGUCUGGAACGCACAUCUGUGUAGAAUGUUCCAGUGAAGUCAAAGACCCCUUUGCCCACUUCCCCAUCCAGCUGAAAUGUGGGGCCUGCAAAUACCGUACUAGCUGUCAGAAAUCUUACGCCCAGCAUAUGAUCAGGUUUCAUAGCUUGGUGUCGAAAAAACGAUUCCGCAAAGCGAAGACUCUUCAGAACAUAACGUUGGUUUGUCUCAAUUGUGACUUCCUGGUGGACUUCCAAAACAGUGACCUCAUGACCAAACAUUUGAUUGACAGGCCAAACCACAACUGUCAAAUCAUCUUUGAGAAAGGAAAUAAGUGUGAAGAAGAACCUAUAAGCUGUGACACUGAUGAGAAUAAAGAUGGAAAUGAUGAUCAGAAGAUUGAAUUGGAAGGUUUGACUGAAGAUCUCAAUACUCCUAGUAGUUCAUCUGAAGCCAAAGAGCUCCCCGCAGAAGGUCUCCCCGCCAAAUCUGAUCCUGAGGAUAGCGAAAUCAACGAGCCGGCGCCCGAAAGUAAAAGUAGCGAAAGAAGCGAAGAGAACACAACACAAGAUUUGGACGAAACAGCGGCAUCUAACACCAGCUGUCCUGCUGAGGAGAGCCAGGUUCAAACAGACCAGAACAAAGAGAACCCAGAGUCUUCACAAAACAAACCCAAGAACGGUUUGUCUGAAGAAUCUCCCAGCGGUACCCCCUCACCGUCAGGGGCUGGAGAACCCUCCAGUCCUUCCAAAGAAGAGACGAAAGCAGAUGAGGCAAGAUUCGAUGAGUUUCUGAGUAAAAGUGACAACACGGAGACUGUGAGCUCGGACAUCUGUGAACAGAACACCUCACAGCUGGAGCCUCUCACCCCAUCAAACAUUCUAGAACACGAAGCCACAGGAAUUCUACAGGAGAACACCAACAGCUCCAGCCCUAGCAAUCUCCUAGACUCGCUUUCCUCCAAGUAGAAAUCUGUUUAGGGAUGUUGAAUUGGACCUAACAUUUUUACUUUGUAUUAUAAAGCUAUGCUGC